UGCUGAAUUUACUGUUUCAGCAACUGCUUUCUUUCCCAUCUCUUCAGUCUGCAGCAAGCUCACCAGACGCUGGUGCAACCACAAGGCUGGUGUGUGGCUGAGGCUGUCUGAGCCAUGAACAGCUUCAGGACUGCCAUCCUCUUCUGGGCAGUGGCAGCGUGGGCUAAAGCAGGCAAGCCUUUGGGAGAGACAGUUGAGGUUGGAUUUCAAAAAUGCAAGAAUGCUUUGAAACUACCUGUCCUGGAAGUCCUACCUGGAGGGGGCUGGGAUAAUCUGCGGAACGUGGACAUGGGACGGGUGAUGAACUUGACCUACACUAACUGCAGGACCACAGAGGAUGGGCAGUACAUCAUCCCCGAUGAAAUCUACACCAUUCCCCAGAAACAGAGCAACCUGGAGAUGAACUCAGAAAUCCUGGCAUCUUGGGUGAAUUACCAGAGCAGCACCUCCUACUCCAUCAACACAGAGCUCUCCCUUUUUUCCAAAGUCAACGGCAAGUUCUCCUCCGAGUUCCAGAGAAUGAAGACCCUUCAAGUGAAGGACCAAGCUGUAACUACCAGAGUUCAGGUAAGAAACCUGGUCUACACAGCCAAAAUCAACCCAGCUUCAGAACUAAGCUGGAGGUUUAAGAAGGAGCUCAUGGACAUCUCUGACUGUCUAGAGAACAACCAGACAAGGAUGGCCACCUACCUGGCAGAGCUCCUGGUCCUCAAUUAUGGCACCCACGUCAUCACCAGUGUGGAUGCCGGGGCUGCUCUUGUCCAGGAAGACCACAUCAGGGCCUCCUUUCUCCAGGACAGCCAGAGCAGCCACAGUGUCGUGACCGCGUCUGCUGGAGUUGCCUUCCAAAACAUCGUGAACUUCAAAUUUGAGGAGAACUACACCUCGCAGAAUGCCUUCCUCAAGGGCUACCUCUCAAACCGAACCAACUCCAGGGUGCAGAGCAUUGGAGGGGUUCCUUUUUACCCCGGCAUCACCCUCCAGGCCUGGCAGCAGGGCAUCACCAACCACCUGGUGGCAGUGGACCGUACGGGCCUGCCACUGCAUUUCUUCAUCAACCCCGACAUGCUGCCUGCCUUGCCGGGCCCCUUGGUGAAGAAGCUGUCCAAGACGGUGGAAAACGCCGUGAGACGCUAUUACACGUUCAACACCUACCCUGGUUGCACAGAUGUCAAUUCGCCCAACUUCAAUUUUCAGGCCAACACUGAUGAUGGUUCCUGCGAGGGGAAAAUGACCAACUUCUCCUUCGGCGGAGUUUAUCAGGAAUGUACCCAGCGCUCAGGAAAUGCGGAUGUCCUCCUCUGCCAACACUUGGAGCAGAAGAAUCCACUCACUGGCGAUUUCUCCUGUCCCUCUGGCUAUUCCCUGGUGCACCUGCUGUCCCAGGUCCACGAGGAGGGGUAUAACCACCUGGAGUGUCAACGGAAGUGCAAGCUCCUCAUCUUCUGCAAGACUGUGUGCGAAGAUGUGUUCCGUGUGGCAAAGGCUGAAUUCAGGGCUUUUUGGUGUGCGGCCAGUGGCCAAGUACCCGAAAACUCAGGACUACUUUUUGGGGGCCUCUUCAGCGGUAAGAGCGUAAACCCCAUGACAAAUGCGCAGUCGUGUCCUGCCAGCUACUUUCCACUGAGACUCUUUGAAAACCUCAAGGUAUGUGCUUCUCAGGACUAUGAGUUGGGAAACAGGUUCUCGGUCCCCUUUGGCGGGUUCUUCAGCUGCAUAGUUGGGAACCCCUUGGUGGAUUCUGCCAUGUCCAGAGAUUUAGGGGCACCUACUCUGAAAAAGUGCCCCGGGGGCUUCAGCCAACACCUGGCCCUCAUCAGUGACGGCUGCCAAAUAUCCUACUGCGUCAAGUCCGGGCUCUUUACAGGAGGGUCCCUGCCCCCUGCCAGGCUGCCGCCUUACACGCAGCCACCGCUCAUGAGCCAGGCUGCCACCAACACUGUCAUAGUGACCAGUUCGGAGGGCGCAAGAUCCUGGAUUAAAGACCCCCAGACCCACCAGUGGAGGCUGGGGGAGCCGACAGAGCUGCGCAGGGCCAUGAAUGUCGUCCAUGGGGACGGUCAGGGUCUGUCAGGAGGGGCGGCAGCUGGGGUCACAGUGGGGGUCACCACCGUUCUGGCCGCUGUCAUCGCCCUGGCCAUCUACGGCACACGGAAGUUCAAGAAGAAGGGAUACCAGGAAAUUGAGGACGAGAGGCAGAGUUUGGCUCCAGGCAUAGCAGCAACGGGAGACACCCCUGACGGAGAGCAGGAGCAGAGUCCUGCUUAAAUCUCUCCCGGGAAAUGGUUUCAUCUCUAGCCAGAGUGGCCACCUCCAGCCACUCUUGCCUUCCUGGCGAUAGAAGUGGCAAGUGCAACAAAUAGCAGAAAGGGGGCUGACAUGAUCAACUCCAUGUUUUUAAAUGAACUGGAAAAGGCCUCCGGCACCACUUGUAACACGUUCAUUUCAGUCCCAGGCCGACAGCCCUGGGCAUCUAGCAGGAUGCAGGAUAGUCAGCUGGCAAUAUCGGGGGCUUUGCUCAAUUUUAAUUCCAAUCUCACCUAAUUGUCUCACUAGUGUUCCUCCACAACAUUUAAAAAAUUAUGUAUUUAUUCACCAGAUGUCUUUAGUGAGUUAACUCCUAUAAAGGAUAAUUUGUUCUUUCCUUGUUAAUGUUCACAAUCAAGAGCUUGGACUGAGAAUAGGCCCUUCAUCUAAGGAGCUUGAAGCAUUCCGGCCUGUGGUAAGAUGGGAAGGAGGCUACUCAGUCAUUUCCAACUGAGAUACAGAGACGUGAAUAACAGCAUUUGCAACCUGCUCUCUUGACUGCCCAGCCAGGGACACUGAUUUCUACAACUUUUUCACUUAACUUGGCUUUUAAGCAUUAAAAUGUUCUCCUAAGCCUCUAAGUGUUUUGUGGGUUUUGGGUGUUUUGUAUGUUUGAGCCAACCUAACCACUUUUCUGCAAAUACUGACUUUCCUAUUAAUUCCUGGAAGACGAGUGAGUCAGAAAGGCAAAGUAUAGCCAAAGGUUCCCAGGUUUUUAAUGCACUAGCUACUCAUUGAAAUCAAAAGUUCUUUACAAACUUCUAUUUCUACUAACAAGAUUGCACAUAAAUAUGCAUUAAAAUAUGUACUAAGGAACACUCUGACUGCUCAUCCAUAUGAAAUCAGAACGUGGGAGUUUGCAGGUUACAUUCAUGAAGGCAUUUUACAAAGCCAGAACGCUGAUGGAGGCUCUCACAGGCUCUGCUUUCCCAAGUCCCACUUUCCUAAGUUUCCUAACGGGUAAUUUUAGGCUGGGGUCUCUGGAAAGAACAUCCUGGCUUCCAAGGAAACCACACUCCUUGACAGAGAUGUGUAACAAAGGUGGCUCUGCAUUUGCAUUUUACUCUUCUGUUCCCAUCAGUAUCAGGGAUGAUUAAUACUAAACAUUCAUUUGAAAAACAACAGCCUGUGAACCACCAAAGCGUACGCUAUAUUGUAGGCAGGUGACGGGAUCUUUAAGAAGUGAACAUUCAUGAUUUUAAAGAUGGUUUUCCUCCCACAAGUUCACUUACUCAUUUCCCCAGCCAUGUGGUCUGUUCCUUUCAGGGAACAGAGAGUCCAACCAGGUCAAACGUGUGGGUGGAAAAGAUGUCAAAACUGAAAAUAAAAAACCAAAAAAAAAAAAAA